AUGGCGGAAUGCUUAUGUACUACCUCAAACCUCUGGAAUUACAAUCUACAAAUGUGCAGUCAGGGCAUUUGCAGUUUGAGCAGCUCCCGAGGUGAUUCUGAUGCACAGGGUGAGAUUAAGUGUUACAUGAUUAAGCACACAGUCUUCAGUGAGAACCGAGGUCUCCACCACGGAAACCCGAGCUCCCGAGUCGGAGCUGGGGGCUCUCCCUCCGGCAGACGGCUCCGGCCCCGGGUCUCCCGCCGCUUUAAGGCCUCUUCGGGGCACUCGGGCCUCCCGGAUCCGCUCCCUGGAGCUCGCUGCGCCCCCAGCCCAGCCGGCUUCGUGCGGGCGCCCACCGCCCCACCAGCCCAGCCCGCAAGCCGCAGGCCCGUCACCAGGCAACACUCGCCAACCCCGGGGGCCUUGGCAGGCCUACCCGGGGCGCGGGUCCUUCCCCAUUCCCACCUCGCUGGCCUUGGGAGCCCAUGGGGGAGCGCGGCCGGGGAGGGAGGUCGCUCGGUGCCCGUGGGCGGUCACUCACCUCUUCCUCUCUCCUCCCGGGAGGGGCGGUUGGGGCGGGGUUACGGGCCGGGGGAGGAGUCGGCGCGCGAGCUCAUGGCGGUUCUUUUGACUCCGCGAUUCCGUAGCCUUGGCAGCCAGAGCGAGCUUCCGGGCCCGGGGCGGAGCGGGCCGAGUUUCGUGAGCCCUAGAGGGGGCUUCUGCAGGAAAAGAAGAACAGGAUGCUCUGGUCCUUUUCAAGCUACUCAACUAUGGGAUGGUAUUAUUCACUCCCUUCAGACUCAAGUGGAAAUAAAAAGAAGGAGGCAUCAUUUACGAACCUACAAAGACUGUUUUACUGGUUCUGAUGCUGUUGAUGUAGUAUUAAGUCAUCUUAUGCAAAAUAUGCGCCUAAGUAGUAAUGACAUCUCUCGUCUUAAAGGAGUUCGUCUUUGCCAAGUUCUAAUGAACCAUAAAGUAUUUGAACCAGUAGGAAUGAAGCUAUUCAAAAGUGAAAAGGAAUUGGAAUUUGAAGAUUCAAACAAUAGUCUCUACAGGUUUCUAGGCAAUAAAUCAUCUUAUGUUUCUCACAAAAGAAAAAAGGAUUCUGAGAAUGGGUUAACUGAUGAAAUAAAAGCAAAGGAAUUUUCAAGACAAGAAGAUGAAACGAUUUCAAAUCCUCUAGCACAAGAGAUUGGUGAAGAAAGACUUGAGGAACUUGUUCAUACAAUGACUGGGAAUCUGGCUUUACCUCCAAAUACCACAGUUGACAAACCUGUUCUGCUCUCUAAAGAAGAUGUUUGGAAACAACAAACGUUGUUACAUAUUCUUCAAUUAAUUCACCUUCCGUUCUUGGAAAAUAUUUUGGAGCCUCCAGUAAAAACACAAAAUCGUCAAUUAAGUAAAGAGGAAGAUCUCAUUAUCUCAAACACUUGUCUAGACAGAGAAAUUAUUCCAAGCUUAUGUCUACCUAAGUAA